UUUUCUUUUUAAUUCUUACACACACGACAGCUGCUGCCCGUCUCCGCCCAAAACCCCCCUCUGACAUCUGACCCACACCACCACCUCCGCCUCUUGAGAAUCCCAAAUGAGAAAAUGGCGCUGAAAAUCCCGCCCCCUCUCUCCAUCUUCUCCCCCAAAUCCCCAUAUUGCCCCCGCCCCACCACCGAAAUCCGCUUCUCCCGUUGGAACAACGCCAACGCUGAGAAAUUCGUCCGCCGCGAGCGCGCCCAGAAAGAAAUCGAAGACGACAUCCGCCGUGAACGCCGUUUCCAAUCUGCGACCAACAUCGCCGAGAAUUACGAUAACGCCACCGACAACGACUCCUCCCUACCUGAGUUCAAAUCCGUCGGUACCCCUUCUUCUCCUUCUCUCCCUUCCAUCCCUGGAAAAUCAUCCAAGUACUCCAAAAACCCUAGAAACCCUAGAAAUGCUAACCCUAAUUUCUCUCACCCUGCCUUCCGCCGCUUCUCUCGGGCCUCUAGGGUUCCUCCUGAUGACACGGGUAAUGGUCUUGUCGUCGGGGAUAAAGGCGUCUCGUAUCGGCUUCCCAACAUUCCAUUUGAAUUCCAGUAUAGCUACACAGAGACGCCGAAGGUGAAGCCGCUGGCACUGCGGGAGCCGCCGAUCAUGCCGUUCGGGCCCAGCACGAUGCCAAGGCCGUGGACCGGGCGGGCCCCGCUCCCAGCCAGCAAGAAGAAGCUACCACAGUUUGACUCAUUCCGGCUGCCGCCUGCUGGGAAGAAGGGGGUGAAGCCAGUGCAGGCGCCGGGGCCAUUCCUGCCAGGGUCAGGGCCGAAGUACGUGAAGUCGAGGGAGGAGAUAUUGGGGGAGCCGUUGACAGAGGAAGAGGUCAAGGCAUUGAUUCAGAGUUGUUUGAAAACAAGCAGGCAGUUGAAUAUGGGUAGAGAUGGUUUGACACACAACAUGUUGGAUAAUAUCCAUGCUCAUUGGAAACGGAGAAGGGUGUGUAAGAUAAAAUGUAAAGGGGUGUGCACGGUUGACAUGGACAAUGUCCGUCAACAAUUGGAGGAGAAAACCGGAGGGAAGGUCAUCUACAACCGAGGAGGGGUACUAUUCCUAUUCCGUGGCCGAAAUUACAACUACAAGACUCGCCCUAAGUUUCCUCUUAUGCUCUGGAAACCAAUAACACCAGUAUAUCCACGGUUGAUCGAGCAGGCUCCAGAGGGAUUGACACUUGAAGAAGCAAGUGAUAUGCGCAAGAGAGGACGCAAACUGCCCCCAAUAUGCAAGCUUGGAAAGAAUGGUGUGUACUCUGAUCUUGUAAAAAAUGUCAGAGAAGCAUUUGAAGAGUGUGAAUUGGUGCGGAUAAACUGCCAGGGGAUGAACAGAAGUGACUACAAGAAAAUAGGUGCCAAGCUUAAGGAUCUUGUGCCUUGUGUCCUAAUCUCCUUUGAACGUGAGCAUAUACUCAUGUGGAGAGGAAGAGAUUGGAAAUCUUCUCUUCCCAAACUAGAAGAUGACAGUAGUCAAGCUGCAGAAUCUACCACAGAAGGUGCAACCGCCAAUUCACUCAAUGUUGCUGAUACGAUACUUGUUGAACAUCAAGAAAUAUCAGAUUUAGGUGCUGGAAAGAGCUCAAUCCCAGAUGGAUGUCCUGAAACACCCAUUCCAAGCAUUUCCUUGAGCACAGAAGACUUGGAUGUGGAAGUGAAGGAUAUUCCCCAUUCGGAAAUGGAAAAUCAGCAAUUGAUGACGGUUCAUGGGCUAUCCACCAUGUCAGAUAGCAUGAGCAUUGUUGAAUCAACAGCUAUAUCAGAAGUCCCAAAAGAUGAGAUUGGAUUUGUUGCUGCCUCCAACAGAAUGGUAAUUCAUGACAAGGUGGCGGCUGUAUCAGAAGUCCGGCAGAGUCCUGAUGAACUGGAACCAUUGACAGAAAGUUUUCAGACUCAAGUCAACACAGGAUCAAGUAAGACCUGUACAGAGGGAGUCCUAUUGCUAUGGAGGCAGGCCAUAGGGAAUGGAAGUGCACUGGUUUUGGAUGAUGAUUCCUUGGAUGCUAACAUUGUUUUUGAGAGGGCUGUUGCUCUUGCCAAGACUGCUCCUCCGGGGCCCAUUUUCAGGAGCAGAAUCCGAAAAGUCGUGGUCCGGAAGGAUGAGGAGCAAAAGAGUGAGGUUUUGGAGGUGAAAGAAAUUGUGGCUUUCUCAGAGAAGAAGAGUAGUGAGAGGAGGAGUUCCAAGAAUCCGAGAAGAAAAGAUUUCCAAGAUGCUUAUUCUGAUGUAGUCCCACAAGGGAGUCUAAGAGUAGAUGAACUAGCAAAGCUCUUGGCUUAAUACAAUGUUUCUGUUUCCUCAAAAGAAUACUGCAUGGCCUAAUUGUUUUGGUUUC